AUGGAGAAACGCCCUCCAGACCCCCCUGAUCCUCCGGAUAGGGUCUCUUCUCCGGUGGAAUCAAUGGAUUUAUCCACCCCACUGUUGCCCCAACCUGGUGUCAAGCGCAGACUUGAUACUGUCAAUGAAUCUUUAGUGGAACCUUCCAAAAAACCAAUGACUGAUGUCCGGUCAUCUGUUGAUGACGUCAACCCAGGAUUUUACUCUCAUCCAUCUCUCACUGGCUCUCCCAAGUCAUACCUUGUCAAUGACAAGGGCCCUUUUUUUAGUCCAUGUUUCUUGCCCUGA